AUGUUCAGAAAUACCAUCCAGGCCGCAAUCGUACCAUGUUUCCCAGCCUUAAGCCAAAUGUUUCAUCUCUUCGUCCUUGGUGAGAUUAUGACUCUCCGUGUGCCAAACCCUGUGCAGGCCGUGUGUGUAAAAUCCAGGGAGUUCUGGACCAUCCCACGUUCCAUUGCCGGGAGAUUACACGAAGCCGUUGGUCGAAUCAAAGAACGGCUGGGCGUCCAGUAG